UAAUUUAAUAUUUAACUUUAAGUAACAGUUAUGUAUAAAAUGAAUUUAUAUUUAAUUUUAAUAAUACAAUUAUCAUUAUUGAUAAUAUUAUCACCAAGCUACAUAAAUUGUGACUAUGCUGCAUUGUUAAGGUGCGACAAUGGCAAAACAAAUUUACAGAUAGAUUGGGACGGAUCGUCAGCUGCCUAUACAUGCCAUCAACCACCGGAACUGUUUCGCCAUAUACCCAGUUUGACACCAAAACAUGAGUGCGACCACAUUCCCGAUACAUACAGAGCUGCACAUAUAUGUAUGGAUAAGCCUAUCUUCUAUGACAAAGUGUUGCCCACUCAUGAGUCGCAUCGACCCAUUUGGCCUAAAUUUGGUGAAUACCGUUAUGUACCGCCACAACGAUGGGUACAUGGUGCAGAGCAUGGAGCAGUAAUCAUGUUGUAUCAUCCAUGCGCUGAUAAAACUGAAAUUGAUAUGUUUAAAGAUCUGGUGGUCAACUGUAUACGCAAACAUAUAAUAACUCCCAAUAAUCUGUUAGACCCGAGCCGACCAUUUGCAAUGGUAGCCUGGGGUUGUCGGCUAACAAUGAAUCGCGUGGACAAAGCAACUGUUAUCUGGUUUAUUAAAAAUUACGGUAUGAAAGGACCCGAAGCUGGCUUAGCAACUGAUGGCUAUUAUAAGGAAGCGCUGAUCAAAGCGGCAAAAAUACCCAUUGGUUCAGACAUUAAUGACUCAAAUCUUUGUCCUAAUAUGUGAUUUUUUACGAUUAUUAAUUACAUAAUAAUUUAAUAACACAAUAAACCUAAUUAAUUCUAAUAAAAUAAUUAUAC